UUGGUUACCGCUAAUAUUUUUGGUGGACCCGGGAGAUAGACGCAGCCUCAGCCGUCAGAAACUUGCACACCACACACCGCCUCUCUCCUCUCUCCGCUAUUUAUUUGGUUUCAUUCAACUUCACCCAUUUAUCUCUCAUUGCCCAACGAAUCAGCGCCUUCUCUUCUUCCUUCGACUUCACCAAAUCAAAAAUCAAAGAUCAUGUCGUCAAACCUUACAGACCAGGAAGAAGCCAACGUGCCUCUCUUGCAACCCAAGUCCCAAAUCCAGGAACAAUACCAUGACGAUGAACCCCUUUCCACCAGGGUCUGGGCAGAGUCCAGAAAGCUCUGGCACAUCGUCGGACCCGCAAUCUUCAGCCGCGUCGCCUCCUACUCCAUGCUCGUCAUCACCC